GACUAGCUAGCUAGCUAGCUAGCUCCUGUACCUUAACGCUACUCGUUGGCUUUUGUUUUACACUUUACACUAAAAAGACACACGCCAAACGCCACAACAUUUCACUAUGAACACCAUUGAGUUGCUGGAAAAAUAAGGUAUUUUAUCUCCCCCCCUUGUGAUUUACAGCUCCUCUCCGCAACAACGACAAAAAAACCACCAUGUCUUGCCGGGACAUCCACGCCACCAACGCCUUUGCCUUCUUCAUAGCCUUCGUGUCUGUGGCCGGUAUGACAGUAGCAGCCCUAAUCCCUCAGUGGCGCGUGACCAGACUGGUCACCUUCAAUCGCAAUGCCAAGAACAUCAGCGUUUACGAUGGGCUGUGGGCGAAAUGCGUCAAACAAGAUGGCUACUCGGGAUGCUACUUCUAUGACUCGGAGUGGUACUCCAAAGUGGACCAGCUGGACCUGAGGCUCCUGCAGUUCUGCUUGCCUGCAGGUUUAGGUUUCGGCUCGAUGGCAUUGCUGCUGUGCAUGGCCGGAAUGUGUAAAACCUGCUGCUGCUCAGACAAGCCCGAACCGGAUAUUAAAAGCAUCCGCUUCCUGGUGAACAGCGCGGGAUGUCACCUGGUGGCAGGGAUGUUUCUCUUCCUGGGCGGCGCCAUCGCUAUCGCGCCUUCCGUUUGGUUCCUGUUCCGCACUAAGGAGCUCAACAAAAGAUACGAUAACAUUUUCACUGACGGCUUUGCCGUGUACGUGUCCAUCGGAUGCUCCGGGGGGCUGAUGUUAGCCGCCCUGCUCAUGUUUAUGUGGUACUGCAUGUGCAAAAGGCUGCCUUCGCCAUUCUGGUUGCCACUUCCUUCCAUGUCCACCUCCGCGUCUACUCAGCCGCUCACCGCUAACGGAUUCCCCCCGUCGGCGCUUUACGGCCCUCAGCCCAUGCCGCCGCCUCAGGCCUACCCUCCCACGGUGAUCGACACGCAGACAUAUGUUCCGGCGCAGGGGUAUGUGCAAAGCGUGGCCGCCCCCGCACCGCCACAAGUGUACAUGUCUCAGAUUUCUGCUCCUGAUGGGUACGGCUCAGAAGCAGGAGGCGGGCGGGCAUACAGCUACGCGCCCUCUCAGAGCUACGCGCCCAGCCAGACCUACGCGCCCUCUCAGACCUACGCACCUUCUCAGACCUACGCGCCCUCCCAGACCUACGCACACAGCUACGUCGGCCACCGCUACUCCAGCCGCUCACGCACGUCGGCCAUCGAGAUUGACAUUCCUGUGGUGACGCAGUAACAAAAAAAAAUAAAAAUAACGAGGCGCGAGUUAACGAGCCUCUUCAGAGGCUGAUGAAAUUGCUGAUCAUAGAAGCGAGCACCUGUCGAGAUACUCAAAGUGUUUAAUGAAGGAUGACAUUUACCGAAGAACAAAGAGUCACGCUCUUGGUGCAAAUGGAGUGUUUGUAUGUUCAAAAAAAAAAAAAAAAAACCACUAAAAUAUGUCCUACUAAUUAGUCUUUUCACUGUUUGGUGCCUAAUAAGUAGCAAAUAUUCAUCCAUUGGAAGCCUGGACACUGGAUGCCAAAUAACUGCAAAUGACUUCUCAC